UCAAGAAGAGAACAAAGUAAACUCCUGGCAGGGGGGAGUGGACGUCGCUGGGGGGACCGCCGCCGCCACCACCGCCACUUCCAACCGCCGGCUCCUGCUGCUGCGGCCACCCACGUCCAGUGUCCCCCGCCCCCGGUCCGGAGACUGGCCGAGCGGAGCGCGGAGCCGGGAGAGGCCGCCGGCGCGUCCGAGGAGUUAUGGAUGUUGGUGCAUUCACUGGGGGCCAGAUUCGCGCGCACACGGAGCUAAGCAGCGGCCGCCACCUCCAGCUGUCGUCUUCUUGCCGCCUCGCCCCAGCUCUUACCCUUCCAGUAUGUUCCUUCUGAUGAGACAAUUUCCAGUGCCGAGAGUUUCAGUACAAUGUGGAAAUGGAUACUGACACAUUGUGCCUCAGCCUUUCCCCACCUGCCCGGCUGCUGCUGUUGCUUCCUGCUGCUCUUCCUGGUGUCUUCGGUCCCUGUCACCUGCCAGCCCCUUGGUCGGGACAUGGUGUCACUAGAGGCCACCAACUCUUCCUCCUCCUCCUCCUCCUCCGCUGCCUCCUCCUCCUCCUCCUCCUCCUCUUCCUCCUCCUCCUCCUCCUCGGCAUCCUCCUCCUUCUCCUCUCCUUCCAGCGCGGGGAGGCAUGUGCGGAGCUACAACCACCUCCAAGGAGAUGUGCGCUGGAGAAAACUCUUCUCCUUCACCAAGUACUUUCUCAAGAUUGAGAAGAACGGGAGGGUCGGCGGGACCAAGAAGGAAAACUGCCCGUACAGUAUCCUGGAGAUAACUUCAGUGGAAAUCGGAGUCGUUGCCGUCAAAGCCAUUAACAGCAACUAUUAUUUAGCAAUGAACAAGAAGGGGAAACUCUAUGGCUCAAAAGAAUUUAACAAUGACUGUAAGUUGAAGGAGAGGAUAGAGGAAAAUGGAUACAAUACCUAUGCAUCAUUAAACUGGCAACACAAUGGGAGGCAAAUGUACGUGGCAUUGAAUGGAAAAGGAUUUCCCAGAAGAGGACAGAAAACAAGAAGGAAAAACACCUCAGCUCAUUUUCUUCCAAUGGUGGUCCAUUCAUAGAGGAAGGCAAUGUCUGUGGAUGAAGUAAAAACAAAGGCUCUUUUGCCAGGAAUAGUUGAUAUUCAUGAAGACAGUAGCUCAAAAGGCAAAGACGCAUUGCAGAUGUCUACUUGCUUGAAAGAAAUGAAGCCUUUGAUGGUUUUUAUACUCCCUGCUGACAUAUGAUGUUCUUUUAAUUAGUUCUGUGUCAUGCCUUAUAAUCAAGAUAUAGGCAGAUCAAAUGGGAUGGACAUUAUUCCUAAGUGAACAACUUUGUUUGGGUUUUUGGGUUAAGUUUUUGUCUUCGUUUUGUUUUUUAACCUCUGAAAUAGAAUUUAAAGGACACAGACCAAUCUGUUGAAUACUCUUCGGGAAAGUUAUUUAUGGAAUACAAACUCAUUAUCAAAAACUUUCACUGCUCAUUCAAGCCCUAUGAUCCAAUGAGCAGUAAGACACGCAAGCAUUUACUGGAAAGCACUUGGUUCAUAUCAUAUGCACAACCAAAGGAACUUUGGGUGUCGCAUCUUGUGUUGCAUCUUGGAAAAAUCAAAUAGGAUCAAACAAUGUAAACAUGUUAGUGUAAAUCUGUUCUAACAAAACAUAGUAUGGUAUGCUUGUGCAUUCUGCCUUCAUCCCUUUCUAUUUCUAAGUUAUUUAUUUAAUAGGAUGUUAAAUAUCUUUUGGGGUUUUAAAGAAUUUCCUCAGUGACUGCCCUCAGAUUUGCCUUUUCUUUUUCUUCAGCACACCACAUACAUGAUCAUAACAAAGUAUUUUUAAAACUUAGCAAACACUUCUGGAAAAGAAGAUGAGAUUGGAGAAGAGUUGAGUGUCCCUGUUCUCUCAGUGGGCUUAAUUUGCACUUCUGCAUUAAAAACCAUCAGUGAUGAAUGGUAUAGUGUGCCAUGGCUGGGCUUGAGUGUGGCAGGGUUUGCCAUCAUUUAAGAACAUAGAUCACUAAGGCUUCCUUUCCUAAGAAAUAGACCAGAAUGUCAAAUUCUUCUCUUUAGUACAUCAGUGGAUCUCCAAGAAUAUACGAAAAGAGGGAAAAAUAAGUGUUAAGUAUACUUUGGUAGCCUAGCCUCAUAAUUUACUAAUGAUUUAUUUUUUAAACAUGUCACAGUGGUAAGUGAUGUAGAGGCCGUCUGCAUAUUAUAAGAACCUUUUCUUAAGUACCACAUAGUGCAUCUCUCCCAAAAGAACUAUUAAGGAAUAUUGGUAUGAAGUGCAACACUCCCAGGGGCUUAAACUGAGCAAAUAUAUCCUGGUAUAUGUGUAACCAUAUACUGAAACCUGUUCAAGCUGUAUGAUCUAGUCUUAUAAAACCCAAUAAAACUUACUUUCUGUAAAUUUAAAGAGCUUUGGAAAGUUCUAUAAUGUAACCAUAUCAAAAUUCAUUUUGUUAGAGCAGGUAUAGAAAACAGUACAUAAGAGUGUACCAGUCAUCAUCACAUUGUAUUCCACUAAAUAAACACAUAAGCCUUAUUUGCAGUGUCUGUAGUGAUAAAAAUGUAGAAAAUGCUGUUUGUUCUGAAUACUUUCAAGUGAUAACUGUAAGAUUAUAUUGUUGCUGCAGUUUAUCUUCAUAUUUCUUGUUUUGA